CCGUGUUUCUUAAAUUCCUUUUCCCGUUGCUUCCGUCUUCUUCAUCGCUGGGUUGUUGCAGAACGCCAUUUUCUCUCUCCUUCUCUCACCCACUUUGGAUCAUCAAAACUACCAAUUCAGUCCCCAAAAUGAAACAAUUUCGAACAAUACAGAGAAUUUAUUUUCAAUUCUUUCAUUAAAGUCGAAUGACUCAGCUUUUAAUUUGAUUAAUAUUUCAAAUUCAUACAGAAUUCAAGAAUAUAAUUUGACGAUUUUGAUCCAUACACUCUUUUUUCACCUUUCUGCUUCGUUAUUAGAAAAAUGAGCGUCUCUGUAAAUCGAACGACUCAAUUGUUUGAUAUAUUCAUAUAAUUUUUAGUAAUUGAGUUCUAUACAUGCAAAUUUAGGUUUUCAAAUUACAUAAUUCAGGCGAUUUAGGUUUUUUUUUUUGUAUUUUGUGUUGAAAAGACGGUGGAAAUUUGAAUGUUGAUGGCGGUGGCGGUGUGAUCUGACGGUGGAGGCGAGGUUGGGAAUUGUGGGGUGGAUUCAGGUGGGUGGUCGGAAUGAUGGAUUGUGGAGUGUGCGCGGCGAGCGGAGACUUGUUGGUGAGAGUGGCCGGUCAGUACGUGGGGAUGAUCGGUGGGUUCAGCCAUGAGAGCGAGCAUGACUUGGCGGUUAUGGUGAGUGAUUUCUUAGAAAAUGGCAGUGGCGGUGCCGACUCGCGGUACAGUAGCGAUAGCGACUCGGGGUUCUGCGAUCUCGCUCACCUAGCGGACAAGAUUUCGUAUUACAAGCUCUCAAUGGAUCAGUAUGAAGGAGACCUGCUCUCAGUGGUCAAUUCUCUUGUGCUGUCUAUCAUAGAGAUGGACCUUCACCUUGUCAAGCCAGGUCCAUGUAAUGCUAGCUGCAUUAGGUUUUCUCUGGUGAAGCUUCUGAGGCUUUCUGGUUAUGAUGCUGCUGUGUGUGCAUCUAGGUGGGAGUGUAGUGGGAAGGUCCCUGGAGGGGAUCAUGAAUAUAUUGAUGUGAUCAAUUACCAUGAUACUGGAGGUUCUGAGCGUAUGAUCAUUGAUAUUGACUUUCGAAGCCAUUUUGAGAUAGCUAGAGCUGUUGAAUCCUAUGAUAGAAUAUUGAAUUCCCUUCCUGUUGUUUAUGUGGGCUCUUUGACCAAGCUUAAUCAGUUUCUUCAAGUUAUGGUUGAAGCUGCUAGAUCUUCUCUCAAGCAGAACUCAAUGCCUCUUCCUCCAUGGAGAUCUCUUGCUUAUUUGCAAGCAAAGUGGCAGUCUCCCUACCAGAGACAGUUUAAUGCGGAUGAAAGAAGCAACAACACUCUUCCUUCUGAACAUAAGCAGUGUAGUGGACAUUUAAGGAGGCUGCAAUCUUUGCUGCAAACCGAAACUGGAGUAGAGAGACUUUUGAAGCCCAUAAACAUUGACAAUACCCGGAAGAUGAAGCUCGAGAGGCGAAGACUUCUUUCCUUCAGGACUCUUUGAGAUGUACAGAUUCUGGACGGAAGAUGAAUUCUUCCCGGAUAUUAAAUAAAUGUGAAGCAUAAAAGAUCGGUUCACACUCACAACAGAAAUAGCAAUAACACAAAAUAACGUGGUGAAGGCAUUUUUUUCUUCAUCUCAUGGGAGUAGAUACUUUUUUCUUUUUCUUUUUUUUUUUGUUAAAACCUGAAGAAAGCAAUGCAUCAGUUUUAUGGAACUACUCUUAUAUCUUACAACAUCAACAUCCAAAUUAGUUUGUAUUUGCUUGACCCUGGAGUAUCAUUCUAUAGGUUGUAUUUCUUUUUUUUUUUUUUUGGUUCUAUUGUGAAUCCUUCCUUACCUCCAACUUUGCUGGCAUAAGAAAUUUCAGUUUUUACCCUUUAAUGUAGUUACAUUAUGUCCAGCAACCAGAUGUUUGCUUGGAGAUUGCUAUAUCUUUCUUUGCAUCAAUAUAUAUAGUUUGCUUUUCAUGAA